CCCGCCCAACAAGGCCAUGGACGCGUAGAGUUAGAGUCACCUCAGCGCCCGUAGUUCCCGAACUACGACCAUCCUCGGGGCUGGACAGAGGCCAUUACGCAUGCGUCGUUCCGUUGAAUGGGGGCCCUCCUCAUCCUGACAGCGGGCGCAGUGGUGUUGGCCGUGGCCCUGGCCCUGCGGCUAUGGCUCGUGCUUCGUUCACAGGUCAUUGUACCCCGGAAGUCUGUCAGCCUCAUGGUGGUGGCCGGGUCCGGCGGGCACACCACCGAGAUGCUGAGGCUUCUGGGGCACUUGUCCAGCGCCUACUGCCCCAGGCAUUAUGUCAUUGCCGACACGGAUGAGUUCAGUGCCCAGAAGAUACAUUCUUUUGAACAAAACCGAGCUGACAGAGACCCCAGUACCACGCAUCCCGCAUACUACAUCCACCGCAUCCCCAGGAGCCGCGAGGUCCAGCAGUCCUGGCUGUCCACGGUGUUCACCACCUUGCACUCCGCCUGGCUCUCCUUUCCGCUGACCUACCGCGUGAAGCCAGACCUGGUGCUGUGCAACGGCCCCGGGACGUGCGUGCCGGUCUGCGCCUCCGCACUGCUGCUGGGGCUGCUGGGCGUGAAGAGGGUGCUCCUGGUCUACGUGGAGAGCGUCUGCCGCGUGGAGCGCCUGUCCCUGUCCGGCAGCCUCCUCCGCCCCUUCUGCGACUACUUCCUGGUGCAGUGGCCCGCCCUGAAGGCCUCGCACCCCGGCUCUGUGUUCCUGGGGCGGCUGGUCUGACGGGCGGAGGCGGGCCCCCGACCCCGCAGCCCCCACUGUCGGCCACAGGUGCAAGAGGACGACGCGUGUGUCAUGACGCCCAGAGGACUGUUGUUGUUGGGAGUGGAAUGUGGAACCCGGGGAGGCAGCCGAGUGCUCUUAUAAAACACACGUUGAGUGGCUGGCGUGGCUCAGUGGACUGAGUGCUGGACUGUGAACCAAAGGGGCGCUGGUUGGAUUCCCAGUCAGGCACAAGCCUGGGUUGCAGGUCAGAUCCCCAGUAGGGGGCGCACAACAGGCAGCCACACGCUGAUGUUCCUCUCCCUCUCUUCCUCCCUCCCUUCCCCCUCUAAACAUAAAUAAAAUCUUUAAAAAAAAGACAGACAUUAAUAAACCAUUCAGUAGUCACA